UUUGCUUAGGCGUCCGCUCGAGUAGUAUACAAUGGGUCGUGUAAUCAGAGGUCAGAGAAAGGGUGCAGGCUCCGUCUUCAAAGCUCAUGUGAAACACAGGAAAGGUCCUGCAAAGUUGAGAGCUGUGGACUUUGCUGAACGUCAUGGUUAUAUCAAGGGCAUUGUCAAGGAUAUAAUUCAUGACCCUGGUCGUGGUGCUCCUUUAGCAAAGGUGGUGUUUCGUGACCCUUAUAGGUUCAAAAGAAGGACUGAGUUAUUCAUUGCAGCGGAGGGUAUCCACACUGGUCAGUUUAUCUAUUGUGGCAAGAAGGCUCAGUUGAACAUUGGAAAUGUCCUCCCUGUGGGUACUAUGCCAGAAGGUACCAUUGUGUGUUGCCUGGAGGAGAAGCCAGGUGAUCGUGGUAAACUUGCACGUGCUUCUGGUAAUUAUGCCACAGUCAUCUCCCACAAUCCUGAGACCAAGAAAAGUCGUGUCAAGUUGCCAUCAGGUUCUAAGAAAGUUGUUUCCUCUGCUAAUAGAGCUAUUGUUGGCGUUGUUGCUGGUGGUGGUCGUAUUGACAAACCCAUACUGAAGGCAGGUCGUGCUUAUCACAAAUACAAGGCCAAGAGAAAUUGUUGGCCACGUGUCCGUGGUGUGGCUAUGAAUCCUGUAGAACAUCCUUUUGGUGGUGGUAACCAUCAGCACAUAGGGAAACCAUCAACUAUCAGGAGAGAUGCUCCAGCUGGUCGUAAGGUCGGUCUCAUUGCUGCUCGUCGUACCGGUAGACUGCGUGGUACUAAGACCGUCCAGGAGAAGGAGAACUAGUUAAUGUAACUGCACAAAUUUGCCACAAUAAAAAUGAAUGAAAAAACA